AUGAGUGAAUUUCGUCAAUGGUGGGUUGGAUUUGAUGCAGGGCCUGUGGGAGGUGGGAUUGAUGGUGCUGCUGGUAGGAUUAUUGGUGUUGUGGAUGUUGCUACUGGGAGUAUUGGUGUUGUUGAUGUUGUUGUUGUUACCGAUGGAAUUAUCAAUGUUGUUGAUGUUGUCACUGCUACAGAUGGGAUUAUUGUUGUUGUGGGUGCUAUUGUUGGGAUUAUUGUUGUUGUGGGUGUUGCUGGUGCUACUACUGCUAUUUUCAGUUUGGUAGGUGCGAUUGGUACAACUGCUGGGAGUAUUGGUGUUGUUGGUGCUACUGUCAAGGUUAUUGUUGCGGUGGGUGUUGUUGGUGUGAUUGAUGUCGAUAAUGGGAUCGUCGGCAUUGUUGGUACUGCUGGGGUGAUUGAUGUUGUUGAUUUGAUGAUUAGUUUUGUUGGUGUAGAUGGUGUUGUUGGUGCCGCAGAUAUAAUCAAGGAUGUCCUCCUUGGAGUAACUAUUUGA